CCGAGCCGAGCCGCGGCGGCUGCAGUGUAGAUCUGGAGUCCAUCUCAGCCUGAGCUCCUGGGUUCCUGUCGCCAUGGAGACCGAAAGUGAGCAGAACUCCAACUCCACCAGCGGGAGCUCCAGUUCUGGAGGAAGCACCCGUCCUCAGAUCUCGCAGAUGUCUCUGUAUGAGCGACAGGCAGUACAGGCCCUGCAGGCACUCCAGAGACAGCCCAAUGCAGCCCAGUACUUCCAUCAGUUCAUGCUCCAGCAGCAGUUUAACAGUGCCCAACUUCACAGCCUGGCUGCUGUCCAGCAGGCUACGAUUGCAGCCAGUAGACAGGCCAGCUCCCCCAACACUAGCACCUCGCAACAGACCACCACCACCCAGGCUUCUAUCAACCUUGCCACCACCUCAGCUGCUCAGCUGAUCAGUCGGUCCCAGAGUGUGAGUUCCCCGAGCGCCACAACGCUGACCCAGUCUGUGCUUCUGGGGAACACCACAUCGCCGCCCCUCAACCAGUCACAGGCACAGAUGUACCUUCGGCCACAGCUGGGGAACCUGUUGCAGGUGAACCGGACCUUGGGUCGCAAUGUGCCUCUCGCCUCCCAGCUCAUCCUGAUGCCCAAUGGGGCUGUGGCUGCUGUCCAGCAGGAGGUACCACCCACACAGUCUCCUGGGGUCCAUGCAGACACAGACCAGGUGCAGAACUUGGCUGUGAGGAGCCAGCAGACCUCUGCCACUAACGCCCAGCUCCAAGGCUCUGCUCAGAAGACAGCCCUGCCAGGAAGCUCCCAGGCCUCGGGCUUACCGCAGGCCACCAGCACAGGCCAGACCAUGGCGGUGGCCCAGGCCUCCUCCAGCGGGGCGGGCCAGUCCCUCAACCUGAGCCAGGGAGCAGCGGGCAGCAAUGGUAUCUCCGGAGCUGUGGUGGCCAGUGGUGGGAGCCAGCCCUCAAUGGGACUGAGCCAGAGCUCCUCGGCAGGUGCCGCUGGCAGUUGCCAGAGGAAAGGCACCGGGGUGGUUCAGCCAUUGCCGGUGGCGGCUGCCCAGGCUGUGACUGUCAGCCAGGGGAGCCAGACAGAGACAGAGAAUGCAGCUGCAAAGAAGGGUGACACAGACAGUGGUGGACAGCAAACGGUGGGCAUGAACCUCACCAGGACCGCUACACCAGCACCCAGCCAGACGCUGAUCAGCUCAGCAACAUACACGCAGAUCCAGCCACACUCACUGAUCCAACAACAGCAGCAGAUCCAUCUGCAGAAGCAGGUGGUGAUCCAGCAGCAGAUAGCCAUUCAUCACCAGCAGCAGUUCCAGCACCGCCAGUCCCAGCUCCUCCACACAGCCACCCAUCUGCAGCUGGCUCAACAGCAGCAGCAGCAGCAGCAGCAGCAGCAGCAAGCAGCAUCUCUGACCCAGCAGCAGCAGCAGCAAGCUCAGCCUCUGCAGCAGCAGGCUCCCCCUCAAAACCAGCAGCAGGCACAGACCCUUGUGGUGCAACCUAUGUUACAGUCCCAGCCACAGCAUUUACAGCUCCAGCAGGACAGUCCGUGCCAGCCAGCCACCAAGUCACCUGUUCCUAUUCAGUCAAAAUCCCUGGUCACCCCCAUCAAACCCCCUCAGCUUGGGCCUGCCAAAAUGUCAGCAACACAGCAGCCUCCUCCACACAUCCCAGUGCAGGUGGUGGGCACUCGGCAGCAGGGCUCAGGUCAAGCCCAAGCGCUGGGCUUGGCUCAGAUUGCUGCAGCAGUGCCGACAUCCCGGGGAAUGCCAGCUGUAGUCCAGCCUGUUUCCCAAACCCAUGCUGCUUCCCCAUCAUCAUCUUCAGCUCCAGCAUCCUCACAGGAAGCUCCCCCUCUCACCACAGGGGUGAAUUUGGCACAAGUUCAAGGCACAGCCCACAUGGUGAAGAGCCCAGCUUCCUCUCCAGUUGUGGCUCAGAUGCCAGCAGCAUUCUACAUGCAGUCUGUCCAGUUGCCAGGCAAAUCUCAGACCUUGGCAGUAAAGCGCAAGGCAGAGUCAGAGGAGGAGAAGGAGGAGCCACCCAGUGUCACCACACUCCUGCCUGCCAGGUCCUCUCCUGUAACAGACAGCCCCAAAAACAUGGAGGAGAAGAGUGGCCUUGGAGAUAAUUCUGAUACUGCUGCCAUUGCAACCCCAAAUGCCACAUCAAGUGAAGGAGCCUCAGCCACCCCCACCUCUGCUCCCACCCCAAACCUGGCACUGGUGUCACGUCAGAUGGGAGACUCCAAACCUCCUCAAGCCAUCGUCAAGCCCCAGAUCCUCACACACAUCAUUGAAGGCUUUGUCAUCCAGGAGGGAGCAGAACCCUUUCCAGUGGGUUGUUCCCAGCUGCUGAAAGAAUCUGAGAAACCACUGCAGGGAGAGGCUCCUUCUGGCCAGAAUGAAAACCUGUCCAGCAAUUCUCUGGGAGAGGAUAGCGCUUCCAUGGAGCUUGACAAGAAGGCAAACUUGUUGAAGUGUGAAUAUUGUGGGAAGUAUGCCCCAGCAAGCCAGUUCCGUGGCUCCAAGAGGUUUUGUUCCAUGACCUGUGCUAAAAGGUACAAUGUCAGCUGCAGCCAUCAGUUUCGGCUGCAGAGAAAGAAGAUGAAGGAAUUCCAGGAAGCCAACUAUGCGCGUGUGCGCCGGCGGGGACCACGGCGCAGCAGCUCUGAAAUUGCUCGAACAAAGAUCCAGGGCAAGCGCCACAGGGGCCAGGAAGACUCAAGUCGAGGCUCUGAUAACUCCAGCUAUGAUGAAGCUUUAUCCCCUACAUCUCCAGGACCCCUGUCAGUUAGGGCCAGUCAUGGAGAGAGGGACCUGGCAAACUCUAAUAUGGCCCCCCCUACCCCAGAUCUACAUGGCAUCAACCCAGUCUUCCUGUCCAGCAAUCCUAGUCGUUGGAGUGUGGAGGAAGUGUACGAGUUCAUUGCAUCAUUGCAAGGGUGCCAGGAAAUUGCUGAGGAAUUUCGGUCACAGGAAAUUGAUGGUCAGGCCCUGUUGCUUCUGAAGGAAGAACAUCUCAUGAGUGCCAUGAACAUCAAGCUGGGACCAGCUCUCAAGAUCUGUGCCAAGAUCAAUGUCCUCAAGGAGACCUAAGCACUCUGAAGCCAGAGGUCUCACUUUUGCUCUGACCCCAGGGCAGCUGCCAGAUUUGGAGCAUCCUGCUAGGGUGGGGGGGGAAGAAUGGGACAGUCCGCUGUGGUCUUGCAUUCAAGAAGAAUGAGAAGGAAUUUAACUGAUUGAAACUGCCAUGCACAAGCCCAUCUCUUGGUCUCUUAAUGGUGCUACAAGGUUGAGGAAAACUGCCACCUGGGGCCUUUAAACAACUUUCCUUCUUCCUGAUUUUGAAUAUGCCUCCCCUGAAUACACCACACAAAGAUGUUAAGGGGAUCUCUUUGUGUCUUAAAAGACUGCUGAAAGGGAACUGCUCUCAACCUUUUUUGCCACAGCAGGUCUGCUAGAUCUUAGCUUUGAAUAUCAUUGCCAGAAUUCAAGGCAUAGGAAGAGCUGGCCCCACAUGGACAUUGGGACCACCUGUGCUUGGAGCUUUUAUCAAGGAGCACUAGGAAAUUACAAGUGACAGAGGUGACAAACAAGAACUUGAGCAAAAGGGGCUGCUGCUUUUCCACGUUUAAAGAUACCUAGGCUGCUCAUGAACUGGGUUUAAUAGCCAUUCCAGCAUGCAUACCAAACUUGAAGGCCUGUGGCAAUAGGAGCUGUCUUGUCUUCACUCUGCAUGUCUACAGGAGACAGUAAAGCUAAAGUGUUAUGGCAGCUAUUCACUCCAGGUGCUCCUCUCAGAACCAGUCAGAGGAUUUUUCCUGAGUACUUAUGACAAAGUGAUGGGAAACUGAAAGGGGAGGGGAUUGUUUUACAUUAGGGAAUCUUGCAGCACUAGGUUUGUCUUCCCAUUGUGCUAGAGCAUAAUUUACAGAUCCAAAGCAGUCUCCAGAAGCACCAAGGCUCUUCAUGAAAUGGGCUGGGUUUUGUUUUGUGUGUUUUCUUACCAGUUUGUAUUCUUUUCUUUUUGUGUCUGUCUUCAUUAUCCUCAGGAGAGCUUAUGGGACAAAAUUUAGGCUGGCAGGAUUGUACUG